GUACGAUACCUUGGCUUUAGUUUAGGACAGUCUUUAUGCGAAGAGAUUUUUGUUAAUUAAUUUACUGAUUCAGGAAAAGAAAUCUAACUUCUACGUAUUCAUAUAUUGUGAGGAGGCUUGGGUCCGCUUCAUCUGGAGCUUAUCGAUAUUUCAAGAUUUCAAACAUUUUAGGAAAGGAUCCUCUUAAACUAAAGCAGUCUUCAUCAGCACCACUGGCACUGCUGCCGUAACCGGUCCAUACGCCUGGCUGAAGUUCCGGCGUCUUUCGCAACGAACGCCCGCUCUGUUGAAGGCUUUGCCGCUGCUUGAGAUAAAUUUGGAAUGUGACGACCCUUUUCACCGUACUGCAGCAAAUGUGUCUAGCGCUGUCGACAUUUUGAAUCUAGUGUGUUGUUUUUUCAAACUGACAUGGCAAAAGUCCAAGUUACAAAUGUUACAGUUUUGGACAAUCCGUCGAACUUUCUAAAUCCAUUUCAAUUUGAGAUCACAUUCGAAUGUAUAGAAAAUUUGACAGAAGAUCUUGAAUGGAAAAUCAUCUAUGUAGGUUCUGCAGAGACGGAGGAUUAUGACCAGACGCUGGACUCUGUUCUUGUAGGCCCAGUCUCACAAGGAAGGCACAUGUUCGUCUUUCAGGCUAAUCCUCCAGAUCCAACCAAGAUACCACAAGGAGACAUCUUGGGUGUAACGGUCGUCCUCAUCACAUGUUCUUAUCGAGAUCACGAGUUCAUCCGAGUCGGUUACUACGUCAACAAUGAGUACUCCGACCCAGAGCUCAACGAAUGCAACGAAUCAGAGAAGCAACCUGUCGUCCCUCAGUUUGAUAAGGUCACAAGGAACAUUCUUCACACCAAGCCCCGUGUCACCCGCUUCACGAUAGACUGGGACGACCCGCCUUUCACUGAUUGUGAGAACAUCCCUCCCAUGCCUCCUAACAUCCAACAGGAACAAUCAACAUCAUUAAUGAACGGUACCAAAGACCAUAUGGUGAAGGCAGCCGACUAUGCCGUGCCGAACAACACAGAUAGCAACAGCAGCAUUCCAGAUUAUGUCCAAGAUAUGGAGUGUCAUUGAGAAGAAAAAAAAACCUAACUCGGCUGUUGAAAUUGGAAACUUUUGUUGCAUGACCAUUUUUUGUAUGGUGCUUGAUUGAAACUAGGGACAAAUGAUAUCGUAUAUUUGGGUUUUCGAUCAUUGGCACUUGUUAAAUUAUGAUCCAGUGAUUUAACAUCUGCCAUGAGUAAUUGUCAAACAAUGUCAAUAAGUUUACAUGCCACUUUUCAUCGGCUAAGACUAUCAAAAAAAUGUGGUGAAGAAAAUUUGACAGGGUUGACAUUUUAAAUCAUCCUUUUCUUUCAAUUUGAAUUAGGUAGAAUAGGAACAUCUGCGUUUUGUUACACAUCAAGGCCUAUAUCUUGUCUGAAACAUUCAACAUUCACUUUUCACCAUUUUUGAUGUGAGGUCAAUCAUGCUCCAAUAUUUUCUUGUCUUUAAAGUAAAAAAGAUCACAGGUAUUCCACUCAAAGGUGGUACAAAACAUUUACACAUAGUUUUGCAAUAAUAGACCUCAAAUAUUUAUUCUGACAUUCUUGACAUUUUUAGCAGCUUAAUUUGGAGAGCAACAAAAGUUUCCGGUUUUGAUGGUAUUUGUUGUUCAAUAGUUGAUAUUAUGUAUGUGGCUUGGUCAUGGGUAUCACAUUACUGGAAUAAUGCAAACCUGAUUCAGUUUCUUUCACCAAUGACAAAGAUCAUUGCCAAAAAACAUGUGAAAAUAUCUAGCACUAGAUAUUUCACUGUGUUGCAUUGAGUGAGUUUUAUAAAACUUUGGGCCUGUCACAAUAGUGAACAUAUAUCAAGUAUAAGUUGUUUUUUGUUAAAAUAUUUAUGAUUUGUGAUGAAUAGUUUGCUCUAUAUUUGUACUCAUAAAAGUGUUCUCCUACAUGUAACAUAUUAGGUAACUCACAAUAUCUUGUAGAAUCUCACUUGGCAGGCUGCCAAAGUGAUCAAUUUUGCAUAAAUUUGUGGGAAAAUUAGGUUCUGUUGACCGAAGUGAUCAUCAGCAAUUGUUCAGCAUCAUUGUUUGAUACCCUUCGAUAUCUUGUCAGGUGCUACCAUGAAAUGUCCUCACUGUGUAUGUGACACAUGUGUGGUGUAUUUCAUGUUGUGCACAACUGUGUGAACCUUGUCUGUUUGGAAUAAAAAAAAAUAUUUUACAUCACAUAUUUCAAGAGACUGGCCAGAUGAAAAUAUAUUCAUAAGAAGUUGCUUAUCAUUCACACAUUUUUUCCCCAUCAAAAGUGUGAUUUUAGGAGUAAUUGAAGAUGGCAUGAACCACCACUAUCACGGGUCCUAUGGGAGACUUCCUUCUGUAAUGAGAAAAAUUAGAUAAUGAUACCAAAAAGCUCCUCUGAAACAGCAGAUUUUUCAGUCUAGGAAGUACAGUAAAGCCUACAGUGUAUAUCUAAUACACACAAAAGACUUUCUGAGUUAUGUUAUUUUUUUUUUUGGGGGGGGGAUAAUUACACUAUUUUUUUGAUAUAUAAAGAUAUCUGGAGAAAAGGAGAAAAGUGUAUUUGUCAUAUUGAUAGAUUUAUAUUUUAAAAGAAGAGUGUCAUGUACAUGCUGACAGUAUUGUGGUUGCCAGUUGAUGCAUCAAGAAAAAAAGAGAUGAGGCUCAAUAUUUAAGUUUCAUUUCUGUUUAAAAAGUAUUUUGAAGAUAGAAAAAAAAAGAAUGAGGAGCACAGAUCACAGGUGUGUGUAUUGUUUGUGUAAUUGUGGGGUACGUCUUGUAUUUGUAUGAGUGUUUUUGUGAAGUAUAUUUGAGCAAAAUUCAUUUAUCUAUGGUGUCUGAUGUACAUGUAAAUGUUGCAAUCGAAUUGCACUUUAAUUCAUCUCACAUGACUCGAUGCAUCAAACUUGAAAGUUAAUUUGUUUUGUGAAACCUGGCUUGGCAUAUUAAUGCUUAAAAUGCAUGUACAGGACUAGCUCACUUUCCAACAAGUCUUGUCUGCAAGGGGUUGUUCUAAAAGCAAUACAAUGGAUGACCUGCAACCUGCAUGAGGACAACGGGCGAUUUCACACUCAUGACAGCCAAAAUCAACCCUAAAAUUUGCAACAUGGAAUGAUUUAGGGCAACCGUCUUUUCUAAUGUUUUCCCAAAGUCCACCAAAACUUGAUGAAACACUUCCUGGUCUUGUGAUGGUGCAAUACCUUCAAAUCUCAUUAUUUCAUGUAAUUUUUUGUAAACUAUGAAAGUGAAGGCUGACACGAUUGGUUAAAAUAAACAAGAAUAUUUCUUUAUAUAGAUAUUUAAUGUUGGACAGAGUUUACAAUAAAAGUGAGCAUGUAUAUUGCAUGGCAAUAUGGAUGUAAAUAAUACAAGUUGCUUUGAAGUGCUGCUAGAGAAUGAAAAGAAUAUUUCAAACCUGACAUAUAUUUUUGCUUUCAAAUUGGACACUUGGUUGGCGUCUUCGUUUCCACACUACGUGAUAGUAAUAGAAUUCCAGGAAACCAAUCCUUUUCCAUAUAAUUUGCGGGAAAUUAAGAAAUUCUUGGAAAAUAAAUAUUUGUAUGUUUCUAGAUUUAACAUCCAUGAUAUUUAUAAAAGAAUUAUUUACCUCAUUUUGUAAGCUUAAAUAGUUACCUUACAGAAAGAGGUGAGUAGAAAAAAGAGGUCUUAAAUUACUUGAUUUCUUGUUACUAGACCCAUAGGCCUGCUAAGGUUUGUUAUAUCAUUGUCCACCUUUGGUUAAUAUACAAAUUAUUAAGAUUCCAGGAAACAUUGACUUUGGGGAAAUUUUAGGUUUCAUGAUUUUUUUUGUUAACAAGAUCUAGGCCCUGUGACAUAAAAGAUGAAAUCAAUUUUACAAUUGUACUUAUCUUGCUGCAAACCAUGUAAACAAAUUUGCAAUCAAUAUCAAUGAUAUGUCCUCUCCAGUCUACUAUUUUCUUGGUCCUCGACUUUCUUGAGGCCAUAAAAGAUUAUGAGAGCACUUUAGUUUAUGUACAUAUUGUAAAUCAUUUUCUUUUUUUGUAAAAGUUGAUAAAGAACAAUAAAAUGCAAGAAAGAAGU